AUGGGCACCUCCUCCGCCGUGCGUCCGCUCGCCCUUGCUAUACUCCUCGCGUUGCUCCUCCAUGGCGAUGCCGAUGCGGCGUCCACCCGAGGGCUUGAGGAGAGGUUUGAGAACCCCUAUGCCGGUGUCCUGAGGUUCAACACGUUCUGGGCGAGGCACGUUGCCGGGGACAAUCCGUGGCACAACAGGUCCGGGGCGAACGAGACCGACCCGGUGUCGGCCGUGAUCGCCAAACGCAUGGCGGCCGUCGGCUCCACCUACGGGUUCGUUAGAUUGUGGCUCUCGGGGAGGUGCCAGCGGACGGGCAACGACGGAGCCAUAUCCGGGAUAACCCGCCGCUGCUACCUUCGCGAGCUCAGACGGUUGGAGGAAGAGUUGCGCCCACGGCGGCCGCCGCCGCCGCCGCCGGAGAGCCCAGAUGGCAAGGCGCGUCGCGAAGUGCUUCAGAUUUUGAUGCAGAGUACGGUAACGGUGUAUCCAUGGCCUGAGAUUAUUCGUAAUCCAGUGAUAAAGACCAGACUACGCCCAUACAGGGCCCCUCGGUCUCUGCCAGAAAUCCCGAUGUAG